AUGUGUGAUGGCGCAGUCACCGUUUCACAUGACUUCGACGCUGCUGCAGAAGCGAACUCUGAUUAUUCGUCAGAUGAGGAGGACAAACUCUUGGAGCCCCGUUUCAAAUAUCAAAGGAUUGAAGGACCUGAUGCUAAGCAGAUGCUGACUUCUCAAAUCAUAAGUACCAUGGCUGCUCAUCUCAAGCUUAUUGUGGUUGGCACUCAAAUGGGCUACCUUUGGAUCAUGGAUCACUUUGGACAUGUAGAUCAUGAACAUAUUCCGGUUCUCCGGCCGCAUAGAAGUGCUGUAACAAAAUUAUCUAUCGAUGAGCAAGGAAACUACGUAAUGAGUUGCGGAAAUGAUGGACGGGUUGCCGUUUCGGGCAUAGGUUGUGAUAACCUCAAUCAUGUAGUAAGUCUUUCUGUGAUGCCUCGUUCUAUUGCAAUAAGCCCAUUAUUCUCCAAACCAACUCUCUUUCCUAUGUUCGUUGUUGGUGAGAGAAACUUGACGAUUUACGAGAAAAAGUUCUUUUCAUACAAAGAGACGGUCAUAUUUCGUGGUGGAGAGAAAGACGGAUUCAUUUCUCAGUGUUCUUGGCAACAAUCUCUCAUAGCAUUCACCAACGAUGGAGGAACGAGGAUUUUCGAUAAGGUAACCGAUCAACUAAUAUCCCUUAUACCACCAUCACACGACGUCGAUCGAGCGCGCUCUUCACAUUUUCCUCCAACUCACUGCUGGCUCGAUGAUGUUCUACUUGCUGUUGCAUGGGCCGAUACUCUCACUAUAGUUAAAGUGACAGCGAGUGAAGGAUCGCCUCGAAGAAGGGCUGAAAUUCACUUCAUGUGGCAUCUCAACAUGUUUUGUUCUGGGGUUUCUUACAUGAACGGAACUUCUGGUGAACGUCCCGAUAUCGUUAUUUUUGGCUUGAAACUUGGCUGUGAUGAUGCGGACACUUUGUGUGAGACAACGCCCGUGGUGUCGUACGAAUCUAUUGCGACAACUACGUCACCUGUACAACUUUCUCUUCUAGCCCCAAAAACAUAUUCGACUUACCGCCUUCUGGCCGAAGAUCAGCUUAGUUUAUCAGCGAAAAAUUGCUCACAGCCAUGGCAAUUUUCGAUGGCAGGAUUGCCAUCGUGCGAGUCGUAUUUUCUUGCUAGUGCAUCGGACUUGGUUAUAGCAACCCCAUACUGUGCGAAGGACACUGUUCGUUGGCGAGUCGAAAAUGGUCUACUAGAAGAGGCAUGGGAGUUAGCCUGCGAAAAACAAGCGGAUCUUGAAGAUACCGAGUGGAACAGUCGAGCUGUCGGUCGUAUCAUGAUUGAACACUUGAUUGCAAGUGGAAAGGCACGUCAAGCUGCAGCUAGGAUGUCAGAGGUAUGUGGCAAAGCGGUUUCGGAGUGGAUGUGGGCUAUUGGCGAAUUCGAGCGUUCCUGUCUUUGUACCCUUAUCGCGGAGUUUCUUCCAACUUUCGAUCCACAACUUGAACCUGAAUGCUACGAAACUGUGCUCCAAGCCGCACUCUAUAACGAUGUUGACCUCUUCAAACGUUUGGUGCAGCAGUGGUCUCCGAAUUUGUAUCGAACUGGGUUUGUGACAGGAAUGACUUUGAAACGUAUACAGGAUAUUGUGUCCAAUCAAUCAGAAUCGAAUCAAAAUGAAGAGAUUCGGUUGUACCACGCUCUGGCGCAUCUAUAUCUUCACGAAAGAAAAUUUGACUCAGCAUUAAAGAUUUAUAUCAGCUUGAAGGAUCCCCAGAUAUUCGCUGUAAUUGACAAGUAUCAAUUAUUUGAGCACGUUAAGGAUCAAGUGUCCGAGUUGAUGCGUAUAAAUACGAAUCGAGCUCUGCGCCUUCUUCUUGACAACGAAGAUAACGUGCCAGCCUCGCUGGUUAUGUCUAAGAUUGCAGGUCAGCCUAAGCUGCAGUUGGUUUACUUAUCAAAACUUCUCAGCAAAAACGAAGGAGCUGAGUUCGCCGAUCAAGCCGUUCGCCUUUAUGCAGAGUACGACAGAAAGAAACUAAUACCUUUUUUGCGUAAAAAUGAGAACUAUCACAUUCGGAAGGCGCUCGAAUUAUGUCGUCAGAAAAACUUUGUGGAGGAGAUGAUUUUGUUAUUCGGAAAAAGCGGAAGUCAUGUUGACGCCUUGGAUCUGAUGAUUAGAAAGUGCAACCAGUUGGAUAAGGCAAUUGAGUACUGCAAAGAACACGACGACAUAGAUCUGUGGUCUCGUCUAAUAGACGAAGUCAUCCAGACACCUGCUCAUGUCGCACAUUUACUGAACCAUGCAGGAAGUAGUAUUGAUCCUCUUCGCGUCAUUGAAAAGAUCCCAUCUGCAAUGUCCAUUCCUGGACUACGUAAUGCUCUUGUCAAACUGCUCCGUGACUAUGCGGCUCGGGUUGAACUACAACGUGGUUGUCAAGAAGCAACGCGAGGGGACGUUCGGGACCUCUUGACGCUCCAUCUCCAAAUUCAAGCUCUCUCCGUUACUGUUACAUCGGAGGCUCGUUGUUCGAUAUGUGGAAGAUCUUUGUUCUUGUCAUCAGACACACGCGGCACGGAUCUUCGAAUCUUCGGUUGCGGGCAUGUCGCACAUUCAUCCUGUUGUUUGGAAGCGGGACCGAAGAUGUUGUUAGAACCAGGGACAUGCCCUGCAUGUAGUGAAGCUACGAGUGACGUAACACUUUCUUGA